CAGCUGGGAGCUACGGACCUGUAGCCGGAGAGAUCCAGAUGGAACUUCCUACACGAGUGCUUCCUUCGAGUCCCUACCACCAGCUCCUGUCGAGGGUAAGGUCCCAGAUGAACAGCUGGGAGCUACGGACCUGUAGCCGGAGAGAUCCAGAUGGAACUUCCUACACGAGUGCUUCCUUCGAGUCCCUACCACCAGCUCCUGUCGAGGGUAAGGUCCCAGAUGAACAGCUGGGAGCUACGGACCUGUAGCCGGAGAGAUCCAGAUGGAACUUCCUACACGAGUGCUUCCUUCGAGUCCCUACCACCAGCUCCUGUCGAGGAAGUCAAAAAGAAGCCUAAGAAGAAGAAGAAGGUGGUUGAAGAAGAGGUGGUGAAGGAAGAGGAAGUAGCUUUUCAAUGGUCCGAAGAAAGUCUUCCAGUUCAAGAAGAAGAAGAGGAAAAGAAAGUCGUGGAGGAGCAAGAAGUAGAAGAGAAAAAGGGGAAGAAGGGGAAAAAGGGCAAGAAACCGAAAGAGGAAAUACCUGAAUUCGAAAAGCCCAAAGAGUGGAAGAAAAUGAAUAAGAAAGAGAGGGAACUGUGGCUCGUGAACAGGAUAGAAGAGUGGCGCGCUGAGAUGGAAGCGGAAAAGCAAGCAAUCCUGGCGGGUGCGAAAGAGAAGAGACUAGCCCUGGCGAAGGAGAGGGCAGAUCUCUUAGCCAAGGACAAUGCCGAGCAAGAGAUAAGGAGAGAUAUACUGGCCAAGACUUGUGCCCUGUUUUCCAAAUUUGAAAGGGAGAAAAUCGAGUUUGUAAACAAUUUGCAGCGAAUGGCGGAGUGGCAACAAUACCUCCGCUGCGACGGCCUACCCGACCCCCGCGUGCCCACCCAGAUGAACACAUACCUCCAUGUCUGGCAAAACACUAACGCUUGCGAUACCGAUGAGUUGGACAGGCGGUGUGUUGAGGCGCUACCGAUGAUGUUGAUGCUGGAAGAAAUGGUAGCAAACCCGAAACAAUUCACGCCGUUGCAACUGCAGAGCUACGAUGAAGUCCGUCUGCAGCUACGCGAGCAGCUCUCCGAAACGAUCCAAUGCGCUUCCUACAUGAUCCUGCGCAAUUUGGAAAAAAACCUUAAGUUUGAGUCGAUCAAGUUGGCCACGUAUAACCGAGAGUUUAAAGGAUUGAAGCUGAAUAUAUGGGUGGCUGUGCGCAUGCCGACGAGGAAGUUGAAACCCGUGGAACCAGAACCUGAACCCGUGGAACUUGAGUUCCCAGCUCUGAAUGUGGGCCUGAAACUACCCAAAACCAUAGAUGGCAGCUGCGUGUGCGUGCGCGCAGCUCGCUCCGAGGUGGACUUGUUAAGCGAGUCGUCCAGGUCAUACGCGCUAGCUGCCGAAGUAGCCAACAGAUAUACAGACCUGUUCGUGUUCAUGGUGAAGGAGCACAUGGAGAUGCUGAAGAUCAAAGCGGAGCAGGACGCUAUCCGGACUGCGUUCUACAAAGAAAUCAACGCCAGGAUCAAAGAAGUCGAAAAUUUCUUGAAGGCCAACCAAUACACAAAGAACGAGAAAGAAAAAGAAGAACUUGAUAAUCUAAACAUGUCGGAGCCCCCAUUAAUGACAGACCCUAGAACCCUCAUUGGAGAAAAUAAUGAAUUGGCAUUUCAAAAGUAUCUUAAGAAAUGUAUGACAAGAACAAGAACUGGCGAAGUCCAUCUUAGGAAAUACAGAAUAUGCGGAGGCACGUUGAACUUGGAUCUGUUGAUAGUGCCGCCUCAGCCCAAACGUCUCAGAAACAAUGUGCUACUUUCAACAUUACAAUUACCUAAACGCCUCACACCAAUGCCGUACCAAGUGCAGUUCAGGGCUCCAGGGCCCCCGCCGCCGGGGGUCACUCGGACCCCUGAAGAAAUCGAAGCGGAGAUGAAGAAAGUGGAAGCGGAGUAUGAGAAGUUAGCCCUUGUCUUCAUACAAUUGCCCCAGGACAUCAUGUGGUCGGAGCCGCCCGUCAUCUGCCAAUGGCAGGAGAACAGGAAACUUUGGACUAGCAACUACAUCAAUGAUUACAAAUUUAACGAGGAUAAACUCACGGUUCAGUUCCGGACUGGAGUUCUAUGGCCGAUCGGUAUAGCCACGCUGCGGUACAGUAACAUGCCGUAUCAAGGCUGGGAUAUGAGACCAGAUCCGAACGGGAAAGGCGUCCUGUUAUCGGUAACGGGUGCAUGCGUGACCGUAACGUGGAUAUGCGUCGGCAACUCGGUGAAGCUAAAGUGGAUCGCCAACGCCACCACUCGGGCGCUUAGAGAACACUUCGGGAAGAAGUAUUCGGUCAAAGGAAUGGUGCAGUUGAUGCGUGCAGCAGCGUGCGACUUCUUCCCUGAUUUUGACGGACACAACCACUUGGAAGGCACGUGUCCGAAGGAAUGGGUCAUCGAGCGCCACACAUACCAUGCGAUGGCUAUGCUGUCCAGGGCCUACAACUUCCAAUGGAGCAGAUGGAACGUUGGUGCUGGCAGCAGGAACAUAGUGAUGCAGCUCAGAGAGGCAGUGGACAAGAAACGAGAGGCCAAAUUCAACCUGCUGUACGCGAAUCCGAAACAGGCGACCAUUUUGAAAUGCAACGAGCUAAGCACGGAGUUGACUCUGGAGCCCAUGGUUGGGCUUGGGUUCUACCCGGACCUGUUCACGCUGAAUAUGUCGUACGGCUCCGUGGACGCGCGCCGCGCCACCUUCAAUAUCAAGUUCAGCCUGGUUGAGACCGUCUUCGAGAUGCUGCAGGAACUCAAAGUUUCUAGCUUUUCGUAAAAAAAAAUGAUACAAGCUUUU